AUGUGGUAUGAGCAAAUUUAUUCGAGUGUAAUAACAGUUGCAUGUGUAGUAAUAACAAUGCAUAUUAUGUUACCGGUCAAUUUGAUCGAGACAGGUCAUGUACAUCGUCGAAAUAUGCAUGGUUACAUGAUUUUCCAGAACAAACGAGAUUGGAACUUAACAGGCAACAUGUACAAAGUCCAAGGACUUGAAUCGAUUCCAUCCGAAUCAUCGUCGUCAUAG